AUGGUUUUGGUUGUUGGAGCGAGUUAUUUUCUGCUGAACUUGGUGGAGCUCAAGGUGGAGGACGUCAAUUCGGUGAAACAAGAUACAACAAAGCAAAACUUCUUCAAGGUGAAAGCAAAGGAAAUAUUGGCUCAAGGGCAGGGUGUGGAUGAACCGUUGUCGGAGUUUGGCUCCAAGCAGGCUAAGGCAGCAGGCCAAGCUCUCAGCAAAAUCAAAUUCUCUCACGUGUUUUCAAGUGACUUACAGCGUGCUAAACAGACUGCAUCUGCUAUUGUGUCAGAAAACAUUUGGGGGCAUAAACUUGAAAUAAUUUGUGAUCCAAAGCUUCGAGAAAGAAAGUAUGGAAUUGUUGAAGGAAAACCACUAAGUGAAUUAAAAACAUUGGCAAAAGCUGCAGGGCAGAGAUGCCCUGCUUUUACUCCUCCAGGAGCAGAGACUGUGGACGAAGUUCAGGUUCGGGCAAAGGAAUUCUUCAAUUAUUUAUGUAACCACGUUGUGCAACAUGCAAAAAAAGCUAACACUGUACCAGAUCAUAUUGAAACCACGGCUGAAUAUUCUGGAGAUGUGCACAGUUCACUAAAAGAUCUCAACAGUGUGGACUCCAGCAGCUGUGAUAUAAAUAAUAGCAUUUCAGAUAAGGUUGAAGAUCUGACCGCCACUGUACUUGUAGUGAGUCAUGGUGGAUUUAUGCUACAGUGGGUUGGCUAUUUUAUCAAGGAUCUGAGAUGUCCUUUGCCACCAUCCUUUGACCAAUCCAAGGCCUUUUCAGUCUGUCCAAAUGCAGGAAUAAGCAGUUUUGUUGUUACUUUUGCUCAGAUUGCUGACUGUUCUCCUCAGAUAGUUUGUGAUUAUCUGUAUGACUGUAGUCAUCUUGUUGACAUUGGUGUUUGACAGGAUGUAUUUUUAGUCUGAGCCUACAGUGAUGAUUUUUUUUUGUCAGGCAUUUUAGUUGUGAAAAUAGUUGCCAAUAUACAGAUUCAGUUUGGAUUAAAUCCAUUUGACUUGUUUAGGACAAAUGCAAAAUAGUGCAGAUGCUGGAAAUCUGAAAUAAAAGCACAAUGCUGACCACAGUCAACAGGUCAGGCAGCACCGUGAACAAUGAACAAAAAUCUUCCAGACUGCAUUAUCUUUUUAUCCUCAGACCCAGAACUUUUUUAAAAAAAAAAGCAGAUUCUAAGCAAGUACAUAGGCAGAAACUUGAGUGUAGAGAAAAAAAGCUAAGCGUUUUGAGAGGGAGGAUGGUAGGAAAAGUUAAAUGCCUUAAAGGCAUCAUUGUGCAAGACAAAAGGAGGUGGUAUGGAUCAAGUAAAGAAACAAAAAGCUAGCAGUAAUGCAACUGUGAGUCACAGAAUUGUCAUCAGCUGCAAUUCGAAAAUAAGCUUGCAUUUCCAAUUUCUCCAGUUCUGGUAAAUGGUUGUCGGGAUAAAAUGUUAACUUUUCCAGUCUGCGCAGAUGCUUCCUGCCCUGCUUCAUAUUUUCAGUAUUUCUCUUAUUUUAGUUUUUAUAGAUUUUUACUCUAGUAUAUUAAAAUAGUGCAAAGAACUUUAAUUUAUUUUCUAAAAUAAAUUAUUGAUAUUUUCUUCUUGCAUGGAUAAAAAAUUCUCCAUCUCCUUUAGUGGUUAUAAAUAUUGCAUCAUCAUAUUGUCACUUAAUUUCCUGACCGAGGGAGUGUAUCCUAUAAUUGUUUAAAGACUAUGGCUACUGGUGAACUCUUGUGAUAAAUUCCUCACAGUGGAUGAGUCCUAUACAAAAACACUGUAGUUAUUGUGUGCAAAGUUUAAAAACUAGUUGUGUGUAAGACUGUAUGCUGGUGACAUUACAAAGUAUAUUGUUGAUGGAUUUUAAGCACCUUGAGAAGGGCUGUCAGCACUGAUUGAUGCAGCUAUAUGUUCACAUUUUCAAUCUAUUUACCUUGUGCUAUGUUAAAUUAAAAUGAAUGAUUAAACUGCGAUUGAUCGAUAAAAUUUCAGACAAUUAUGUAUGUUACAUAAGAAGAAU